AGAUGUUGUGGAUAGUGGUCGAUAUAAUGAAUUUGGGUGGGGCAAGCAUUGUUUUGAUAUCACUAUGCAUUCUUUGAAGGGUAAGGUAGAUUCUGGUUAUAAGAGGGUAGUUCGUAGUGACGAGGAUGGUGGGUAUUACAGGUUAUUGGGUUUUCCUUUGGCUAUUCAAUUCUGGUUUUUCGAGUGUUGCCCGUAUGUUAUUGGGAAACUAUCCUUGUACUCAAAUGUUGGCAUUCCAAGGAUUUUGAAUUGGCCUAAAUUACCCAAGGACAAGGAGGGUAUGGUGAAAAUGGAUGUCAUGAACACCCUCAUUUUCGAUCGGUCUUUGAAAGAGUUAAAAUUAAGAAACCUCACUCCAACUUCCGUUGAGAGAUUGAGUUUGAGCCUCACUGAUUUUUUCUCUGGUGAGACUACUCCCGAGGCUGUGAAAUUCAAAAUUAAAGGUGGUUCCAAGCCUGCUGGUCAACCUGGCUUGAUGGGUUCUUCUUCAUCAACUGCUCAUGAGAAUGUCUCCCGAGUUGAGUUUGAGGAAUUUAAAAAGUGUUUAUCUGUUGUUGUCAGCCAGCAAGGGAUUCUUAUGAAAUCUGUUGCUGAGAUGAACAAGAAGCUGGACAUUCUUAUUGAGUCAUCCCAAGGUGGUCCCACUCACAAUGGAUCUCAGUCUGAAGAUGCUCUUCGUACUUCAGAAAAUGAGGAUGAUGAAGAUUCCACUUCGGAGGAAGACGAGGAUGAUAAAUUCGACGAUGACAAAGGAGAUGAUCAUCAUGACGAUGAAACUGAUGAUGUUGAUGAUGAUCUGGGUGGAGAUGGUGUUGGUGCUGGUCAGGAUGAGGCUCACACGGGCGAUGUUCGUAACGAUGAGGGUGUUGUUGUCCCCGCGGUUGUUUCGAGGGAUGAUGAUACCGGCAAGGUCGAUGAUGCCAAGAAUUCUGACCCUGUGGAACAUAUUGCAGAGAUCAAACAGGUGUGUUUCUUGUUUGGACAUCAUUUUUGGUUUGUGCUUUUUUUUGUGUGUUUCUGUGUUUUGUGUUUGUUUUAAUAGUGUUUUACUGUUUUUUUUGUUAUCAGCCUGAUCAGUCUCAAGGUGGGGAGGAGAACAUUGAUGUUGAUGCAACAAUUGCAAAACCCACAAAACAAUCGCAGAAAACGAGACCCAAAUCAAAAAUGGGUAAAAAAAAUCUGAAAGAGAACCCUCCUAGCCCCACUUCCCCUUCUGUUAAAAGAAAAACCAUUGCUGGACCUUCAAAGAACACUCGAGGAAAAAGACCUCGAACUGUUGUUGAAAAUUCAGACUCAGAUUUUGAGUUGGAUUCUGAAUUUCUUAAGUCGCCUGUUUCUGUUAAGGUAUUUUACUAUUUAUCUGUUGUUGUUUUUGAGGUUUUUUGUUUUUUUGUUAAAUUCGAUAUUUGAGGUUCAUAUAUCUGGGUAUUUGUUUGUUUUUGUUUAUGUAUUUGUAAUUGUUUUAUAUAUAUUGUUCGAUUUAUUUAUGUGUUUUUGUUAAUUUUUUAUUUGUUGUUUUGUUGGUGUUGUUAUUUUUUAUUUUAGGGCAAGGGUAAAUCCCCUGUGAAGGUGUUGCCAUCAUCAGGUGUUUCUGAAGAAAUUCCUGUUAAUAGGAUUGUUGAGGUUUGUCAUGUUAUGCAUUCUGUUCUAUGUUUUUUUGUUGUUUUUUUGUUGUUGUUAUUUUCGUAGUGUUUUUUGGUGUUUUAUCAGUGUUUUCAUUGUUCUGUUUUUUAGGAUUGGGAAUGCAAGUACACUCGAUCUCAAUUUUAUCAUUCUAGAGUAGUAACAUCUGGUUAUUACUCUGUACUUGGUGACAUUAAGAGAAUUUUAACUGAAAGCCAAUUGGAAAUUUUUUCAAAAUCUGUGUUUGGUUAUUUUCUUCGAAUUCCUGAGUACAUAAUUCAUUA